UACAGAUAGACUGCGCGUGUCUCAAAACCCUAAAUCUACCACCGCAAUUCUAGUUCAGCCUAUUCGAAGGAUGAAGAAGAAGAAGAAGCAAAACCCCGCCGCCGAGAUCGACAGCAAUCUCACGUCUUCUAUUCAUUCUCAAAGCGAGUUCUUCGACCAUUUAAUCGAACUAAUUCCUGCGAGAUUCUAUGUUUCCGCCGAUGACGAUUCUAAACCAUGGUACCAGGGUCUCUCCAAGGCGGCCAAGGCCUCGCUGAGGCUGAAGACUAAAGAGAAUCUCAAGCUCGCUCGGCGCAACCGCUUCGACCCCGACGCGGAGCCCUCGUCGACCGCCAAACUCGUCCAAGGUGAGGACGGCGAGAAUCCGUCCAAGGAGAUCGAUGCAGAUGAUAGAGAGAAGAAAUCGGUUACGUACGAAGAGCUGAGAGAGAAGCUGCGGCGGAAAAUCGAGGCGCUCAAGGGGAAUCGCGGAGAGAAGAGGACUGAUGAGAGGAAAAUGAGGAACGAGUGGAAUAAGAGGAAUAGGGAGAAUGAUGGUAAUGUUGAUGGCGGUGACGAUAAUGACGAUGAUGGUGAUGGAGAGGAGAUUAUUGAGUAUGGGAAGGUGAAAUUGGGGGAUGAAGGAGAGGGAAGGAAUUCGAAUAAGAGGAAGUUAUCGAAGGCACAGGAGCUGGAGAGAGCGAAGAAGAAGGAGGUGAUGAAGGAGAAUCCGAGCGUCGCAGAGAAGGAGACGUGGAAGUCUGCUGUGAGCAGGGCAAUGGGGGUGAAGGUGCACGAUGAUGCCAAGUUAAUCAAGGGGAGCAUGAAGAGGGAGAAGAAGAGGAAGGAGAAGAAUGCGGAGAAGUGGAAGGAGAGGGUGGGGACUGUGGAGAAGAUGAAGGUGGAGAGGCAGAAGAAGAGGAGGGAUAAUAUUGUGGGGAGGAUCAAUGAUAAGAAGGCUAGGAAGAUUGCGAAGAGGGAGAAGAAGUUGAUGAGGCCGGGGUUUGAGGGCAGGAAGGAGGGCUUUAUUACUAAGGAGUGAUGAGUGAAGGUGUUAGAUUCACUGCCGGUUAUCUCUUUAUAACUUUGUGUUUUGAUAUCUCAAGUGUUCACAAUUUUGAUUUUGAGAUACCUUGCUCAUUAUUCUGCAUCCAUGGCUAGAAUGUUUCAAAUUUAGUUCUAAUGCAGUGAUUGGUUGAGUGUGGAUUGUGUUUGAUUAUUUGUGUGAAUUUAGAAUUCCUUUAUGGGAUGUUCAUUUGCUUCACCCUUCCCCUUGUUAGGCACUACUUUAUUGUGCUUGCAUUUGGUAUUGGUGCCUUGGUGUGCGUUUUUGUGAAAGUUGUGUAGGGUUCUUGUUUCAUGGCUGUGUAAGAUUCAUCAACUGUUUUCUUUAGAACUUGAAGUUUUCAUUAUGAAGUAUUCAACAUUAUGAUUUCGAGCA